GAAAAACUCUGAGCGUAAUCUGAACAGGUGCUUUCAAAUGUUUUCGUUAGGAAGUACAAUGUACAAUAUCUAAAUCAGAAUGGAGAGGCACUCGUGUGAACUGUGUUCGAGAUAAAAAUUAAAAAGCUGUCUAUGUUCGUUUUAUCAUUGACAGCUGAUUUGAUAAUGAUAUGAUCAUGGCGGAAUCCACGAAACAGACGGAGAAUGAUAAAGUGAAGUGUAAAAUUUUAAUUGUCGGCGCCGGAAUGGCUGGAUUGUCAGCUGCGAAUCAUUUAUUGAAAAACCACGAGACAGAUUUUUUUAUUGUUGAGGCCCGUGGUCGAAUAGGUGGUCGUAUUGUCGCUUUAAAAAUCGGCAAUGAGAAGGUCGAAUUAGGAGCCAAUUGGAUUCAUGGAGUCCUAGGGAAUCCUAUGUUUGAAUUAGCAAUGGCUAAUGGCUUAAUAGAUAUUAUACGUGUACCAAGGCCUCAUAAAGUCGUAGCAGCCACAGAGGAUGGAAAGCAACUAUCAUUCCCAAUCUUGCAAGAAAUCUAUGAAGCGUAUAUAUGUUUUCUAAGACGAUGCGAAGAAUAUUUUUUAAGUCCUUAUAGCCCCCCAGAUGGAAUAAGCAGUGUUGGAGCACAUGUUGCAUUAGAGGCUCAGAUUUAUUUAUCGUCUUUGCCAGAGGAGGACAAAAGGAUUAGACAAUUGUUAUUCGACUGCUUACUUAAAAGAGAAACCUGUAUUACUGGCUGUGAUAGCAUGGAAGAUGUUGAUCUCUUGGAAAUGGGUUCUUAUGCGGAAUUGCAAGGUGGAAAUAUUAGUCUUCCAGAUGGGUACAGUGCUAUAUUGGAACCAGUUGCAAAACAUAUACCAAAGAACAGCAUUCUGCUUAGACAUGCUGUUACUAAGAUUAGGUGGCCGAGAAAGAAACGCGUAGACGAUGGAAAUUCCGAAAACAACAGCUGUUUCAAUUCGAGCAACUGUAUAGAAGUACAAUGCGAAAACGGGAAAACAAUAUUAACGGAACAUGUAAUUUGUACAUUGCCAUUAGGAGUUCUUAAGGAAAAAGCCAACGAUAUAUUCGAACCGCCUCUACCUAAUUAUAAACAUGAAGCCAUAGAUAGACUACUGUUCGGUACAGUGGAUAAAAUAUUUUUAGAAUACGAACGACCUUUUCUAAAUCCCGGGAUAUCGGAAGUGAUGCUUCUCUGGGACGACAGACGGUUAUUGGAGGAAGAGAAGCAGGACAUGAGUAAAACAUGGUACAGAAAGAUCUAUUCUUUCACCAAGAUUUCAGAGACAUUAUUACUGGGAUGGAUAUCGGGGAAAGCGGCUGAAUAUAUGGAAAAAUUGAGUGCGACGGAAGUGUCAGAUGCGUGUACAUUGAUACUAAGAAAAUUUCUCAAUGAUCCGUUUGUACCGGCACCGAAGAAUUGCAUUCAUACCUCGUGGCGUACGCAACAGUAUACACGCGGUUCAUAUACCGCAAUGGCCGUUGGGGCGAGUCAAUUAGAUAUCAAUCGUUUAGCGGAGCCCAUCAGGCGAGACGACGACCCGUCGAAAAUCGUUAUAGCGUUUGCCGGCGAGCACACGCAUUCUUCCUUUUACAGUACAGUGCACGGAGCCUACUUAACCGGUCGAACCGCCGCUCAAACUCUUCUCGAGUCGAGAAAAAACGAGAAGAACGCGUUGAGUCUCAGCUGUGAAGACACGAAUGACCUCAGCUCUUGGAUACAAGGGAUCUCGUUGAAUUAGGAAUAGCAAAGGCUAUUUAAAACAAAUGAACAAAAAAGAAACAAUGGAUGAUCGGAAGCUGUUCUCUAUGUCAACGUUUACACACUUAUCGAGCACAAUUUAUUACCGAAAUUACGAUGGAUAUUUUACACACUAUCGAAGCGACGAUUGUGAUUUCUAUAGGUAUCUAGUAUUACCGUGAGACUCUUGUAACUGUUUUUCUUUUGUAAAUACUAUAGCGAAUAUUGUUUAUGUUAUGUACAUAACACGAUGCCUGUCGAAACUUUUCAGAUUUUGUAAACGUGCAUUCGACCGAUUUUAGAUAAUUGUCAUGCCUUACCUUCGACGAGAAAGGGAUGACUAGUUUGGAAUCGUGCGGCCAGUAUGUUGCUUCGUUUUAUGGAAUCGCCCAAUGUAUAGUUACAGAGAUUUUGUACAGGGUGAAUCAUCAGAUGCAAAAGAUCCAAAUAUAUCCGGUGGAUUCCAUAAUUUAGAGGCAUGUUUUUAACAGAAUUAGUUUUCCUCGGCUACGAAGACCACUGUUGUUUUUAUCUUUUUUUAGGCAAAGCUGUAUAUUUCUGUAUUAUGAAAUUUACCGAAGAGACAUUCACACGUUGCAUUUCUCGUGAAUCACUCUGCUUAUUAAAUAUGCCGUCGGAAAUGCUUUGUAUUAUAGAGAAA